AUGCUUGAGUGCUUGGCCCUCAUUGUGAUGCAGAUCGACGAGGAAGGAUUCGACAGCUCUGACAACCUCGUAGUUGUCUUGUUGGGAUCCGGAAGGAUUCGAGAUUAUCCCAAAACUCAGAUUGAGAAAUUGAAAUCGAUUGUGCCUGCCGGGGUAAAAAUUUGCUACACAGUAAAGGAGGGUAGCGACAGCAGCAAGCCGCCAGUCAUGCUAUACAAGGGUACGCGCAAGAAGUUUUACGCCACUAUCGACUUGUCCGAUAAAUCGCAGUUUGAAAAUAUGGCGUCCGAAAUGGCAUCUUUUUUCAAAGCCGUAUCGCAAGACUUUGGGGCUUUGCGCCAGGACCCUAAAAUCCCGGAGUACGUGACUCACGACACCUUUAGAGAGAAGGUCAUCAAAGAGGCAACUGCUAAAGCGCCUAUAGUAUUACAGUUGUACGAGGAUAGUUGCUUCCUCUGUUUUUUGAUGAGGCCCUUUAUCAACAGCAUAAAUCGCCACCUCCAGGAGAUCAAAAGCCCGGUGCGCCUCAAGAGGCUCAAUAUAGAGCGCAACGACUUCCCAGAUGGCUGCCCAGUUACCCGCGCAACUCCAACUUUUGUGGUGUAUGAUGGCCACGCCCAAGGCAGCAGGUGGUCCGAGUUCAGGCCCAAGGAUUUCGUGGCGAAGCUGGUGGAACUCGCAAAGCUGGACGAAAAGAGUCAGAUAUACCUCAACAAGCUCACGGAGGACAUAUCGGAGAGGUUCUUGCUGUUCGGAAGAUGGGCGCGAUGGGUUGCGGAGGCGCAGAUAAUUCAGGAGAGCGUGCUGACCAAGGCCCCAGUGGACGAGGAAGAGGUGAACACGCGUGCGCUGAGGAUGCUCAUGGAUAUGGACAUGGAUCGCACCGAUGACCUCGAAACCAAUCUGAAGGUAUUGCGAAAGGAGAUCAUUUCUGCCGAGCAAGACUGUAUCGCGGUUUCAGAGAUCAUGGCUACGGAAAUCAUAAAGCAAGAAAAAAAAUACCGCACCGAGGCUAAGUCCGAAGCUUAA